AUGUGCCCGCUGCUUGUGGACACGAUAGCUAUUCACUCAUUUGUCGUUGACGACAAUUCAAAACUCCUCUUGAAACGCCUGCUCUCUCCUUGCAGACCCCUUCCAUUCGUCCCAACAGUCCUGCCGGCCAUGGCUCGUCUCUUCGUCUUCCUCUUCGCCCUCUUCGCUAUGGUGUUCGGCGCUCUGGCCCAUCCGCACCGGCCUGUGCCUAGCGGAACGCCUCUGCCGCCCGUCAACGGCACCGGUCCGCCGUACCCUGGUACCAACGGAACCGCUGGUGCUAUACACAAUGGCACUUACGAUAAUGGUCCGCACAAGCCCAUCCCAGUCCGACGCGGCCUGCGCAGCUAUCCCGUCGCCCUCCCCCGCGUGCCAGGACGCGAUUAA